AUGGCUCGUACCAAGCAGACCGCUCGUAAAUCGACCGGAGGAAAGGCUCCUCGUAAGCAACUGGCGACAAAGGCUGCUCGCAAAAGUGCUCCUGCUACUGGCGGAGUGAAGAAACCCCAUCGUUAUCGGCCAGGAACAGUAGCCCUUCGGGAGAUCCGUCGUUACCAGAAAUCGACUGAGCUGUUGAUUCGCAAGCUGCCGUUCCAGCGUUUAGUGCGUGAAAUUGCCCAAGAUUUCAAGACCGACCUUCGCUUCCAGAGUUCCGCCGUCAUGGCACUGCAGGAGGCCAGCGAAGCCUAUCUAGUCGGUUUGUUCGAGGACACCAAUCUAUGCGCGAUCCACGCCAAGCGUGUUACCAUCAUGCCAAAGGACAUCCAGCUGGCUCGUCGGAUCCGUGGCGAACAAAAGUGCACAUUAGAAAAAAUGGCUGAAACCGCUGUUGACGUAUCGGCCGCAGCUCCGGUUGCUGCUUCACCGGCCAAGGCACCGAAGAAAGCCAAAGCCGCCAAGGGAGAAGCCAAAAAACCGAAGAAGCCAUCGACACAUCCACCAGUCAAUGACAUGGUAGUGGCUGCCAUCAAGACGCUGAAGGAACGCAACGGAUCUUCGCUGCAGGCCAUCAAGAAGUACAUCGCCGCCAACUACAAGUGCGACGUCGCCAAGCUGGCCCCGUUCAUCAAGAAGGCCCUGAAAUCUGGCGUCGAGAAGGGAAAGCUCACCCAGACCAAGGGUUCCGGUGCAUCCGGCUCGUUCAAAAUCAAAGCCGGUGCCAAGCAACCGGCUGGCGAGAAGAAGCCGAAGAAGGCUGCUGCCAAAAAACCGAAGAAGGCUGCCGGAGAGAAGAAAAAGGUUGCCAAGAAACCCGCUGGCGAGAAGAAACCGAAGGCCAAAAAGCCUGCAGGUGAGAAAAAGCCGAAAGCCGCCGCUGCAAAGAAGGCUAAGGCAGCACCAGCCAAGGCCGCCAAGAAGGCUGCUGCACCGAAGCAGAAGGCCACCAAGCCAUCGAAAGCCGCUGCCAACAAGCCCAAGACCCCGAAGCCAAAGAAGGCCGCGCCAGCCAAAAAAGCUGCCCCGAAGAAGGUGGCUGCCAAGAAUUCACGCUGUAACGUUGCGAGCGGAACUGAUUUCACCAUCAGCGGUGGAAGUUUCACUUUAGCUUCUUCUUCUUCUUCGGGCAGUUCAUCGAGAGGGCCACCGAAUCCGUUGACAUCGCUUACGUUGGUUGCGUACGGUGUAGAGAGAAAGGAUAAGCAAAAGAAAGAAAUAAUGGCUCGUACCAAGCAGACCGCUCGUAAAUCGACCGGAGGAAAGGCUCCUCGUAAGCAACUGGCGACAAAGGCUGCUCGCAAAAGUGCUCCUGCUACUGGCGGAGUGAAGAAACCCCAUCGUUAUCGGCCAGGAACAGUAGCCCUUCGGGAGAUCCGUCGUUACCAGAAAUCGACUGAGCUGUUGAUUCGCAAGCUGCCGUUCCAGCGUUUAGUGCGUGAAAUUGCCCAAGAUUUCAAGACCGACCUUCGCUUCCAGAGUUCCGCCGUCAUGGCACUGCAGGAGGCCAGCGAAGCCUAUCUAGUCGGUUUGUUCGAGGACACCAAUCUAUGCGCGAUCCACGCCAAGCGUGUUACCAUCAUGCCAAAGGACAUCCAGCUGGCUCGUCGGAUCCGUGGCGAACGUGCUUAA